CAUAUUUGUGGUAAAAUCUAAAAACCUACAAUCUGUAAUUAUGGCAUCCCAGAUCUAGUAAAAGAAAAUGAUAACAGUUUCAAAAAAAAUUUAGGUUAGAUUAGAAUAUCUUCCUUACAAGUUACACUUACAUAUCUUUUUCCUCCUCAUUUUGGCAUUAUUAUCAUCUGAUAAUAUAUACUCUCAUCUAGUUUUUAUAAUCUCUGAUGCAUUUCAGGUGCCAUUAGGAGAAGAAUUAGUAUUAUCUAAGAUUUCUGAUCUUUUAAUUCAAAAUUCAUUGUAUUAAGUUGAGUUCCAUUUUGAUUGGUUUUUAUGGGAAUUAGUGUGUGAUUGUAAUGUCUCACAGUACAGCUUCAUUAUCAGAAGCACCUAGUUGUUGUUCAACAGCUUCAUCUGAACUUAAACUAUACCAAACUUUUAUAUUUUCAAUACCAAUUUUCUUUACAUUUCUUCUUUUACUUUUGUUUUAUUUGUUUUAUCUUCGCCGUAGAAGAGUUGAUUGGUCUUCGCUUCGGAUGAGAGCGAUAACCUAUAAUCUCAAUGGUUCAGAUUCAGUCCCAAGAGUGUCUGAAUCUGGUUUAAACAAGGAAUUUAGAGAAAUGCUUCCGAUUAUUAUAUUCAAUGAGAGCUUCUCAGUCAGGGAUACACAAUGUUCAGUAUGCCUAGCAGACUAUCAGGCUGACGACAAACUUCAACAGAUGCCCUCAUGCGCACACACAUUUCACAUGGAAUGCAUCGAUCACUGGCUUUCAACACACACUACUUGUCCUCUCUGUCGACUCUCUCUAGCCCCAGUGAACAAAACGGAAUCUGACCUAACCGAAAAUCAAUUGGAUGCCCCAGCUACUGAAGCAUUCCCAGACAGUGGUUCAGAAAUUGGACGACUUCGUCGUGGAGAACCUGAAACUGCUGAUAGAGCAGAAGAGGAAAGAACUAGUUGUGUUGCUUCUUCUGGUGGAAGGAGGGAACAAGAUGAAGAGUGUGGAGUAAUUGGAGAAACUUCAUUUACUGUAGAUGGUACUGAAACUCAUUCAACUAGUAUUGAAAGUGGCACAGUAAGAGAUCAUCCAUAGUUUUUAAUGCUAUGCAAUUGCUGUAAACUCAUGUAUGUAUCAUCAAUGUAUGUAUGAUUGCAGGCAUGAUAAGAAUUUACUGCAAACGGUCUGGUGAUAUCCAUGUCUAGGAUAGAACCAGUGCAAUGGGUGAAUCUGAGGGUUGUGGUCAAACACGAGUUCAAAUUUACCCUACUUAUUUUAUUAUAAAUAUACAACUAUCUGCACUCACAGCCACCUCACUCCCAA